AAGGGGGAGAAUCUAUCCCAGCUCCCGCCUAUCUUAUCAGCAAUCUAUCUAGUACCUACUUAGACUAGUGUACUUAUCUAAUCAACUAAUCCGCUUUUGCUUCUACAUAGUAAUAGUACCUAUACCUAGAUACCUGUAGGUAACCCCUACCUGUGAGUCUGAGCUACCUCCUACAUACAUACCUACCGUAGCUUACAUGUCUUCAUUUACAUGCCUACUUAGGGGGUAUGUAUGGAAGUUCGUCCGAGGUCCUCUUGCAAAGCAAACUUCGAAGCGCGAUCGCGACCUAGAUUCGUUCAUUAUCUUUUGAGACCGCUAGAAAACACCUAAAAAUUACGACUGGGUUUGCAAUUCGACCAUCCAUGUAUCUUUGAUUCGAAGUUUGAUUGGAAUAAACCGUUUCAUACUACCAACUUAGCAUCGGACGCCCAACCCUGAGAUGAACCAGUGCUAUUGCCGAGUAGGCGAGUCAUAGGUGCUGGGAAAAGAAUGUGGCUCGAUCGUCUGGCCGGGGCGCCAUCGCCAUCGCCCUCUCAAACCUCCAGUCGUGCCUAUUCUCCAGCGACACGGAGGCCUUCGAGUGGUCUCGGCCCCUAUCUGACCUCCCAACAACGCCCUGGUCUCUCGCCGAGAUCAUCUUCCCUCUCCCUUGCGUCUACCGACUCGUCUGCCUCGACUGUUUUAGCUUCCUCCCGGCGGGCCACUGGCUCCAAUCUCAAACAAACUACCACUGCUUAUGCUGGACCAGAUCCUGUUGAUGUUUUGGGGGCCCUACUAAGCGGGAGCUUUGUACCGGGUUCACCUCCAACAUCUGAUCACUCACCAAAUUUAACCACCUUGAUAACAUCAGAAGACUUGGCUGCUACAUUCGACUUUGGAACAUUGUCUCUGCGCUCGCUAGCCCUGUCGGACGAACCUCGAGCUGUAUAUACGGACAAGAAGAGACAAGAAUCAAAUGUAGAGCAUGAGAUUGCGAAAGCUAAAUUCGAAGACUUACACCAAUCGAUUCAAGCCUGUGACGAAAUUCUUGCGUCUGUUGAGAUUAACCUUGCGAGUUUCCGAAAUGAUCUGGCUGCAGUUUCAGCUGAUAUCGAAACCCUUCAAGCGAGGUCGGCAACUCUCAACGUUAGACUUGAGAACCGCAAAGCUGUAGAAAAGGAGCUGGCGCCUGCUGUUGAAGAUAUCAGCAUUUCGCCCAUCAUUGUAACCAAGAUAGCAGACGGUCACGUUGACGAGGCAUGGGUCAAGGCUCUAAACGAAAUCGACAAGAGAGAAACUGCAUACAAGAGGAGCGAUUCAGGCUUGGAGCAGAACAAAGGAUUGCAGGAUCUUGGCCCUCUGUUAGAAAAGCUGGUGCAAAAAGCUAUCGAGCGGAUCAGAGAUUUUCUGGUUGCGCAAAUCAAAGCCCUCCGGUCCCCUCAUAUAAAUGCACAGAUCAUUCAGCAACAGAAUUUUCUCAAGUUCAAGGACCUCUUCACAUUUUUACACAGACAUCAGUCUACCUUGGCAAAUGAGAUAUGCCUCGCGUACAUGAAUACUAUGAGAUGGUAUUAUAUAAAUCAGUUCACACGAUACGAGAAUGCUUUGAAGAAAAUCAAACUUCACGUAUUGGAUAAAUUGGAUGUAUUGGGCAAUGAAGACAUAUCACGUAGAGGUGCUGUGCUUUCAAGCUCGAGGAUAGCUGGACCGCCUCAUGAUGCAUUCAGUCUAGGCCACCGUAUCGAUAUUCUCCGCACUAGCAAUCAAGCUGCGAUAUCCUCUUAUUUGGCCGAGGAAGAUCAAUCCACCCACUACCUUGAGACUCCCUUUCGCAAUUUCAAUCUUGCUCUCAUCGACAACGUGACAUCAGAGUACUCAUUCCUUGCAUCGUUUUUCUCCCCUGCCUUGAGCUAUUCCACCAUUUCUCGCCACUUUGCCUAUAUAUUUGAGCCCACAUUACAACUCGGACAAGCGUUGACAAAAAACCUGGUAGCAGAGACAUACGACGCUCUUGGACUCCUUCUGUCUAUUCGUCUCAACCAACACUUUCAGUUUGAGCUCCAACGGAGAAAGAUACCAGCUGCCGAAGGAUAUAUCAACGGCACCGCUAUGCUACUCUGGCCACGUUUGCAGUUUGUGAUGAAUGCACAUUGCGAGUCAAUUCGAGCCCUAACCACUGCACUACCAACGCGGCCACCAGGCAAGGCCGACCAGGCCAAAUUGUCUACAGCACCUCACGUCACUACGCAGCGAUUCGGGCAACUACUUCACGGGAUUCUUUCCAUGAGUACCGAAGCUGGGGAUGAUGAGCCUGUUGUUACGAGCCUGAGGAGACUGAGAAGCGAGUUGGAGGCCUUUCUGACAAAACAUAGCACAGCCUUUGGCACGGACAAGAGAAAGCGCGAGCGAUUCCUGUACACUAAUUACAGCCUGAUAUUGACCAUCAUCAGCGAUGUCGGUGGCAAGCUAGCGAGCGAAGAGCAGGAGCACUUCGAAGGGUUGAAAGCGGCGUUCCAAGAGGCGGCAUAAGUGAUUAGUGUUUUUCGUCGGUGAUUAGCGAUUUAACUCUUAUGAGUCAAUGAAUGUGAUAGAUAACGUCAUGUGUAUGCGAAGAUAAAAAAUCGAACUUGACAAAUGUAUUCUGUCUUUGGAUGUACCGCUUUCUUUUUACU